AUGACUGCCGCCCCACCCGACGCCUUCCAAAGAGGCAAACAGCUUCAGGUGGGUUCUCACAAAAUAUCCAUCCUCAAAUACCUAUCUUCGGGUGGUUUUGCUCAUGUGUACACGUGCACAAUUGAUCCACCGUUCCAUGGCAACAAGGUCGCCUGUUUGAAGCGUGUGGUGGUGCCCAAUAAGCUCCAGCUUAGCUUACUUAGGCAAGAAGUUGAUGCCAUGAAGCGCUUGCGUGGAAACAAACACAUUGUCUCGUACAUUGACUCUCACGCUUCGAGGCUUCCCAUGGCUAAAGCCACCGAUACGCAGCAGUACGAGGUUUUGCUUCUCAUGGAAUACUGCUCUAAAAAUGGGUUGAUAGACUUCAUGAAUACUAGAUUGACGCAUCGUCUCACGGAGCCCGAGGUGAUCAGCAUAAUGACCCAGAUCACUACCGGGGUAGCCAUGUGCCAUCACUUGAAUCCUCCUUUGAUACAUAGAGAUAUCAAGAUUGAAAACGUCUUGAUCGACGAAAAGGGCACCUAUAAACUCUGUGACUUUGGUUCGGCCGUGGCCUACGCCCCUGUUCCUCAGAACGCCCAGGAACUCAAUGCUUUGCAUGAUGAUAUAAUGCACCACACUACACCACAGUACCGAGCACCGGAGAUGAUUGAUCUCACGCAUGGUUUCCCCAUAGACGACAAGCUGGAUAUCUGGGCCUUGGGUAUCUUUUUAUACAAGCUUUGUUAUUACACCACUCCUUUCGAACUGCCACAUCAGACUUCCUUGGCUGACUUGGAGCAGCUGAUCCUCAAUUGCAACAUCAACCUUCGCUUUCCAGGCUCUCCACAAUACUCACAACGCCUUCAAAAUGUUAUUAAAUGCUGCUUAAGAGCCGAUCCUAGAAGAAGACCAAGUGCACUUCAACUCCUUCAAGAGGUAUGCCUGAUGCAGGGUGUCAAGAAACUUCCUGAAACUGUUCCAUAUUCUGUCCGCAUCACCAAGACUGUUCCUGUCAGCUAUGACGUUACAAGUGUCAAUAACGAUUCUACUACACAGACCCAGGUCUUGAAGGCCACGGGUCCUCUGAAGACUUCCUCCAAACCCAGCAGUUCCCUGGACGUGUUUGCUUCAAUUGACAAAUCAAAGAUACUUUCAAUGGGGUCUUCAAACCAAAAGAAACCCGACUUGCCUAGCAGACCGCUCGGGAGAUCGAGCAAUUCAUCUGCCACCUUGCACGACCUUAUCAGGAAGCAGGUGGAUGAUAGCUCCACUGAACUCCACAAUUAUAGAAACUCGGAGGAUUCCGACCGUGGUACCCUCAAUUUCUUGAAGUCUAGAGAGGAAGAAGGGGUCAGUUCUCGCCAGAGCACAGGUGGCUCUAUCAAGGCAUCAUUCAAAAAGGGAUUGAGAAGAAUCAGUACAGGUGGAUCAGUUUCUUCCCAGAAGAGUGGAUCGUCUGAAUACAAGAGACGUUCCAGUUCAACGACCAUCAGAAAGCUAUUCACCGGCUCGAAAGAGAAGAACGAUUCUACGGAGGAUGUCAAGCAUUUACGUGUACCAUCCCAAGAAAAGAAGGUCUCCUCGAUCCAGAAAAGAAUGUCGCUUCUACUUAGUAAUUCUGAUCAGAAAGCACCUAAGACUGCCAGUGGCUACGGUAAAUACACCGACCAGGAUGAUAUCACAGCGAUCAACUAUACGGAUCUUUCUGCAUCUGCGAGCACUGAAUCACUCACUCAAAGUGAAUCCAGCUCUGCUGAAGAAGUUCAUAAGGUGAAGUCCGUUCCAUCUAGACCUUCGCUAUCUACUAACGCGUCUGAGAAGCGUCUGAAGUCAAAAUCACCAAGGAAGUACAGCUCUCCACCACCUGUUCCUCCUGGCUUGAGUAAAUCUACAUCGCAACUCUCAAUACCAAAGAGGCAGCUGUCUCCAACGAGGAAGCUGGCUACUCCUGAGAAGGCUGUGCCCCCUCGGAGUCAAGCGGCUACCAAGAAGCCGGAACUUGCUAAGAAGCUAGAACCUGUCAACAAACCAGAACUUGUCAAGAAGUUAGAGCCAGUUAUGAAGGCAGAGGCAGUCAAAAAGUCAGAACCAGUUAAAAAGCCAGAACCUGUUAAGGAAAAGGUGAGCCCCAAGAAGCCGCUCAAAAAACCACCACCAAAGCCAUCCAAACCAAAGCAUUUGACAUUGCCUGACCAUUCCAGGCGGCUUAGCAAUUCAAGCGACACUUCUAUGCCUGAUGUUGAAGACCUCGAAAAGCUGUUUGCCAAGAGAUUCCCAAGUUACGUCUAA